CUGGAGCCAAGCCCUCAAGCUUAAACCACGCCCCGAUCUGCCGCUGCAAUCAGGGGUAAUAUAGGCAGAAGCAGACGGUGAAAAAGGUCGACUGCUUUGAUUGGACGACUGGAUUUGUUGUUAGAUGUGACCAAUCAGAAAGCACAUGAUCCACGAUAGGCUGUAUAUAUACUCCCAAUGCGUGUCUUGACUGUUACUUGUGAAAGUAAACGUAAUUAGAAUCAUGUCUGGACGUGGAAAGACCGGAGGCAAAGCCAGGGCUAAGGCCAAGACCCGCUCAUCUCGUGCUGGGCUGCAGUUCCCUGUCGGCCGUGUUCACAGGCUCCUGAGGAAGGGCAACUACGCUGAGCGCGUCGGCGCUGGAGCUCCCGUCUACCUCGCUGCAGUGUUGGAAUACCUCACUGCUGAGAUCCUGGAGUUGGCCGGAAACGCUGCCCGUGAUAACAAGAAGACCAGAAUCAUCCCCCGCCAUCUGCAGCUGGCUGUCCGCAAUGACGAGGAGCUGAACAAACUGCUUGGCGGAGUUACCAUCGCUCAGGGCGGUGUUCUUCCUAACAUCCAGGCUGUGUUGCUGCCCAAGAAAACCGAGAAGCCAGCAAAGAAGUAAUACUGCAGGUUUUCAACACCAACCCAACGGCUCUUUAAGAGCCACCCAAAUCUCC